AUGUACUUUCUGCAAAUUCUUGAUUGUGUUUUGGCGUCAUCAACAAAUUUUACCACAAACAGUUUCUUUUUUAUAUUUGGGAACCAUAAGGAUUCUCUUGGCUUUCCCAUCCUUUUGCUGGAUUUUACGACUAUUGUUCGACUCCUUUCGUUAAACACUUUAACUGUCCAACCCACUUUAAUCGCCAUUAGUAAAUCCCGCCCGUGUUUUAUCCAAUUACUCCAAGUCACACAAUCUUUUUGCCCUUUUGUUUUGCAAGAAAAACAAAAAAAAGGAUGGUUUAGCUUGAAUAAUGAGGACCAUGCAAUAAGCCAAAUGCGUUUAAUCUAUAAUUAUGACUGA